AAAAGCGCUUCUUCCUGCGCUCACCGGAAACCGAUGAGAAGCAUGGCGUCACACAGGACAGACAGAACGAAAAGCGCCACAUCAAACACUGGAGAUGUUCCCAAACUCGACCUCCUCCUUCACCCAGAGCUUCUUUCUCCGGAGUUCAUUCAGCUUACGUUACACGAGAGGAAGAUCGCAGUGAGUGAUGAAGAGGACCGCGAGCGGCUCACAGAUCUGUACUUGCGGCAUGUCAUCCCUCUCCCGCAGAGGGACCUGCCCAACAGCCGCUGGGGGAGUCGCGUGGAGCGGAGCAGACCGCGUCAGAGUUCAAGCAGUGAUAGUGGCAGGAAGAGGCCGUUGAUUGUGUUUGACGGCAGCUCUACGAACACUGGCAGUGUUAAGAUGAAGAAACCUGAUCCUUCACCAGCGCCCGUCACCACAGACCGACUAAAGCCUCCAGUGUCCAGCAUCAAUCUCACAAACCCCAUACGCAAGCUCUCGGGGACCUCUACAAACUCUUCCUCCAAUUCCUCUAACAAGACCCCAGUGUCAUCACCAGGGGCCGGUCCCAAGAGCCCCUGUAAUGACUCCAAAACUGCCAACUCCUCAGCACAUUCAAACAACACCACGUCUAAACUGAAGCGCACGUCCCCCAGUGAUGGAGAACCCAACACUAGUGACAUUAAGUCACCUGAUGCAAAGAAAAAGAUUCAACAUGUCACAUGGCCAUAAUCUGUGAAGUCAUCUGGGAUGGACAUUCAACGCCACUGAUGUCGUCUGCUGGGUCUCUGAGGCAAAGACAGACCCCAGAAUUUGAAAGAUGGGUUCUUGUCACACAUCUUUACUUCCCAGCCUCAGGAAAGGUGACUCGUGAAAUGUGACCCUCUGGUUUUUUCACACUAGGAAACACUUCUGCUUUUGACUUGAUGCGUGGUGAAGGAACCGAGACAUUCCUAGCAGUUUUAUGUUAGACUGAUCAGUUUUUCACUUUUUUUAGCAAUAUAAUUCUUGCAAUGAACACAUUUUCCGUUGUGAGUGAAUUAUGUUGGUCAAUCAAAUCCACUUAGAUGGAGAAUGGACAUGCUUUCCAUUGGGCUGCAGUGUUUUACUGGUAUAGAAGUAUUCCCAGUAACUGGAUGUGCUUGUACUGAGUGGCAUUUCGAAGAAAUCUCUUAUUUCUCCAAUAAAAUGUUUGCAAGUGCUUUAGCCAUUAUCAGGUAAAUCCCUCGACCAUUUUUGUAUUCCUAGCCCCAAAGGUCCAAAAUACAAUUGUGUGUAUUGCAUCAUACGUUGAUGUGUUUUAGUAAGAAAAUGAUAUGAAGGGUGUUUCACAUGUAUGUCUUUUAGUGGUGGUCUUUUCUAGACAUUAUGAAUUGAGUUUUUAUUGACCUGCAUGGAAUGUUCCUCAGUGACAACAAGCCUGAUAAAAUAAAUGGCUGAGAUCAUUGGUCA